UUUGCAAAUGCGACGUUCGCCACGUACUCGCUUACGUUUAGAACUUGCAACGCUAGAACCAUCUGUGUCCAUACUAGAUUCACCCAAUAUAUCAAAACUAUUAUUAAAUGGGAUAGUUAUAUUUGCAGACACCUGGGGGUUGUCCCCCCAGGGUCUAUAGGUGGAUCCAUAAUGUCUAAUUAAUAUAGGUAAUUUACUUACCAAUAUUUACAGCAACAAACACUAUUACUACAAAAUAUACAAUUAUAUAUACAAUCUAAUACACAAUAUAUAAAUAAAACUAAUCCUUAUAUAAUUAAAAAUAAAAUUAAUUUAAAGAAGAUCAAAAAACACUCCCGCUUUUUUAAACGUUUCCCGCGCUUUUUUUCAAUUUAAAUUCUAGUGAUAAGUUUUGAGAAUGGUGCCUUAGAAUUGGUUCUAAUGACAGUCAGUCAUCAGUCAAUAAGAUAAAAAAGUUAUCUAUCUUAUUUUGAUACAUAGACAACGUACAAAGUAUAACGUACUUUUUUUGAAUGGCUGAUAUAAGUAAAUGGUAUGAAUGGUUGAAUGGCGAAAGUUUGUAAUGACGGAUGGAUGUUUGUUAAUCUUUCAUGCAAAAAGUAUUGAAAGGAUUUAAUUGAAAUUUGGUACACGUGUAGAUAGUAUCGUAGCAUAAUAAUUUAUGUAUUGAUUUACGUAGAUGCGGCUACGGUAUGCAGCUACUCGCUACUUUUAAUUUAUUUACUUAUUUAAUUAUAAGUAAGGUAAGGAUAUAUGUACCUUUUUAUUUUUAUGAAUCUUAGAAUGAUAAACAAGCUGACAGUAUACAUGAUUGAAAAGUGUACGGUAACUGUCGCCUAUAACCAUGAAUUAGCAUCAUAGAAAUUAUAGGAUACUCCGUGAUACUCAUGGUACUCCUCAUAUGAUGGCAAUCCUGAGGACUAUGGUUAAUUAUGCCUACGUAUUCCAUAUUUGUAAUUUAAUCCACUUUUUUUUCAAACCAAAAUAUCUACAUUCAAGCACAGUUACUUUAUGGCAAGGAGAUGUUAGUCCCCGUUAUUACCAAUACACUGUUAGGUCCAUAAACUUAAUACAACAUAUUGCAUAUCUAAGGUCAGUUUAACCUCGCUGUUGUUUCCCUGGAAACUAUCGUGGUCCAUUUCUAGUGAAAUCGCUACAUUCAGCCCACUAACCUGAUCUUGUUUUCAUCGUGUCGUCUUCCACUGGUGCCCUGCUAUUGUAUAACGUACGCAUAAGUGAGUAUACUAUAGCAUCUCAUUCCAUCGAAAAAACACGAGUGGGGGAGAAGUAUCUAGUAGAUGGCAUUUAUAAGUGUGAUUUUUCUACUGGUAGAUUAUGUAGUUACGGCCAAAGACAAAAAGAAAACGAGUAUUAUUUCUUUUUUUUUUCGAGAUACUAUAGUGUAUAAAAUACCACUAUAGAAUUAGCCGCGAUGAGUUAAUUGAUCAAAUUUAUUCUAUUUAUUUUAUCAUUCACUGGUGUCUAUCUUCUACAUUCUACACUGUAAGCAGAUUUACUAUCCUAUAAUCAAAGUAUCGAGGAAGGUAUAUACUUUUAUGCAUACGGUUCUCUCUGCCUGUCUUGCCCGACUUGCAUAAAUAGGUACAUAUUAUUUAUCAUUAACCUAAUUCCCGCUAAACAAUGUCCGAAAGUUAAAGUAAGUACGCAAUCUAACAUUGUACCUAUUUAAUGACUGCGUAGCUGCCAAAUAUUGAAAAUUAUUGAUUCAUAGCUUGCCGCAACCAACUAGCCAAGUUCACUAUUGCACCUAUUCUUUCAUAGUUGUCCGACGGUAUAAAACCACAACAUUUAUUUCACUGACAUCAGUGCUGCAGAGUCCUUACUGUAAACUACGCUGACACAAAAUGGCAUUCUUGUUUAAGGUAUUAACUCCCUUGGCUCUUGCUACAGUGGUAUUAUCAGGAAGGCCAGGUGGAUAUUCGUACAAUCGAUUCAGCGGACCAGUUAGUGGUCAGAUAGUGGAAGUCCAAGUUCCGGCAGCUGAAGGUAUACCCGCUCAACAACAUGCUGACUAUGGGUAUGACCACAACACUGGCAAGAUACACCCUGAUACCGCCAAAUAUGCUCAUUUAAAGACUGUAGACUAUGUGGCCAAGCCUGACUACCAGUACGCUUAUGGCGUAGAAGACCCUCACACAGGUAAUCUGCAGAACCAUAAGGAGCACCGUGAUGGUGACGUGGUGCGUGGCGAAUAUUCCCUUGUUGAACCAGACGGUUCCAUUCGCUUGGUGCGGUAUACUGCUGAUCCAAAGAAUGGUUUUCAGGCUGUAGUGCACAAAAAAACUAAUGGUCAAGCGCAGAGACCUGUACAUUAUGGUCAUGCGAAAGAAGAUGACGAUGAGUCGAGAGAAUCCUAGUCUAACAGACACAAAUUGUUAUCAUAAGAAUAAAAAGACUGGAUGGAAGUGACACUGAGAUAGCUUCCUUUCCUUUGGAAAUGUGUUAAUUACAACCAACGUAUACUAAUGUUCUUUCUAAAUUAAAUUACAAUUUUACGAUAUAACGCGACAUAUGUGCAAGUGAGAGACGCAUAGUCUCAUUGGGAUGUCUGCUGGGUGCAAGUCCUUAAUGUUAGGACGCGAAUUGGAAACGAGUCGUUAGUGUUUUAACGUAGUUAUAUUCGUAUUGUUAUUGGAUUCAUGGGAGUGUCACUUCCACCAUGAUGUUUGUUUUUAUGUUGUUAUAUUAGGUUUAUAUGCUGUACUGUGU